AUGAAAUGCCGAGCAGAGAAAGUUAUCGCAGAGCCUAAUAAAACUUUUCUUGAUGAUGGUUUGCUUCCAAUCUAUAUUAGUCCUGAUAGAGGAAUUGGAUCAUACGCGACCGUAACUUUUGGGGCAAUGGGUGACAGUUUUUAUGAAUAUUUGCUCAAAGUUUGGACUCAAGGGAACAGAACUUCAGCUGUGAGAAAUUAUAGAGAAAUGUGGGAGAAAUCAAUGAAAGGUCUCUUAAGCUUGGUUCGGAAGACAACACCAUCGUCUUGCACAUACAUUUGUGAGAAGCAUGGAGGCUCACUGACAGACAAGAUGGAUGAAUUAGCAUGCUUUGCUCCAGGAAUGUUGGCUUUAGGAUCAUCUGUUUAUGGGCCUGCUGACUCUCAGAAAAUCUUAUCACUUGCUGAAGAGCUUGCUUGGACAUGUUACAACUUCUACCAAUCAACGCCCACAAAAUUGGCUGGGGAGAAUUAUUUUUUUCAUCCUGGGGAGGACAUGAGUGUGGGUACAUCUUGGAACAUAUUGAGACCAGAAACUGUUGAAUCACUCUUUUACCUGUGGCGUUUUACAGGCAACAGGACUUAUCGAGAGUGGGGUUGGGAUAUAUUUCAAGCAUUUGAAAUGAACUCACGCAUCAAAACAGGCUAUGUUGUACUAAAGGAUGUAAAUACUGGUGUCAAAGAUGAUAAGAUGCAGAGCUUCUUUUUGGCUGAGACUCUCAAGUAUUUGUAUCUUCUUUUCUCUCCAUCUUCAGUCAUCUCACUAGAUGAGUGGGUUUUCAACACAGAAGCCCACCCUCUAAGAAUUGUCACACGACAUGAUGAAGUACAUGUUGGACAAUCUAAAAAUAUACAAACAGGUCGGACACGUGGCAGGAAAGAAAGUCUUUUUGGUGAUCGUUAAGAUUGAUUUGCUAUGUUGAUGAAUCCACACAAUGAUUUGAGGCUUACAUCAGAAGACAAUCCAGAGAGUUCAUAGUUGUCUAAUUAGAUUGCAGUGCCCCUGGAGUGCUGUUCAAAUUAGGAAAUAGAGUGGCUCCACAUUCUCUCCAUUCCAGGUUGGUUGAAAUUGUUGUACUUUAUGGCAAGGAUGAACACAAUGAUGGAUGUGUAACAUAGAAAAUAGUUUAUUGCCUACAGUUAUAUUUAGGAAAAGCUCUUUUUUCAACCCUAAUUAGCUCAACGUUCUCUUUGAGUGUAUGAGAAUUUUGUUAAUACAAUGCUAGACCUAAGUUUUAUUUUUCUUAAA